AAAUUAUGUUUCAAAGAAUGUGAUCCUUGGUGUAUAAUUGAGGGAUGGACUAGUGGAAAUUCUGAUAUUGAAAAAUUCAUCAAAAGACAUAAUCAAUAUGACGGAAGUUGGAAAAAUUUGGAUCCCAAACCUAAAAAGGAUGCUUUGAAAAGCUUAAAACACAUUGGUAUUUUUGCAAAGAAAGUGUAUGGAAUAACUAAGGAUCCAGAAACCAAAGAUUUUAUUAUGAUCGUAACAUUUGCAGAGGCAGACAUGGGAAAUUUUGAGUUAUCUUUCAAAUAA